AUGGUAAUACGCAAGAUCGCCGAUUCCCCUUCCCCAACACCACCAACCGAAACCCCGGGCCACGAACCACCACAAGUCCAGUCCACACAAAGAGCGGGGCUCCCCUCUGACAAUCCCACCGCCUCGUACUGGCUCCGUGACCCGAGUCCCGUUCUGCUCGGCCACCGCUCGACGCCCGAACUCCCGGCCGCGGCCGACGUUGUGAUUGUGGGCAGCGGCAUCACGGGUGCGUUUGCCGCGCGGUAUCUGAAGGAGUAUCACGGCCGUGCCAAGCAUGACAGCAGUGUGGUGAUGCUCGAGGCUAGGGAGGCUUGUUCUGGUGCUACCGGGCGGAAUGGAGGGCAUUGCCAACCGUUGGUAUAUGGCUCUGCACCGGCCGUGGCGGCGUUUGAGCUGGAGGUGUUCAACUUUCUUGAGCGGUUGGUGCGAGAGGAGGGGGUGGAGUGUGACUGGGUAAGCCUGACGGGCGUACACGCCUUCCUCUCCGAGGAUAUGUUUGAGCUGGCGGCGGCCGCGGCCGAGCAGCUGAAGCGCAGCCACCCCGAGCUAGGCGCCCAACUUGAGGUCGUCCGUUCCUCGGACGACGACACCUCCUCUUCUUCAAAGCUCGCCUCCUUGCGUGUCCCCUCCGCCUGCGGCGCCAUCAUCCAGAAAAAGGCUGCUUCCCUCUGGCCGUAUAAACUGGUCGCCUCCGUCCUGGAAUCCCUCCUCGCCAGGUUCCCCGCCCCGAGCUUCAACCUCCAAACCAACACCCCGGCCACCUCACUCUCCCGCAGCGAGACCGGCUCCGGCUGGGUCGUGGCCACUCCGCGAGGCAGCAUCACCGCGCGCCAGGUCCUGCUCGCCACAAAUGGGUACACCUCACACUUGCUGCCGGCCUUUGCCGACCUGAUUGUCCCUGUACGCGGGCAGAUCGGCGCCCUGAUACCGCCCACCUCAUCAUCAGGUACGCCGCCGGUCAAGCUCACCCACUCGUAUGUCUUUGCCGCCGAGCCCGAUCCCAAUCCCAAUCCCGGCCACGGCGCGCAGCACUCAUUGACAGCAGCCGCCACCUCCGCCGCGGCCGUGGCACCGCGGGACGAUUACCUCGUGCAACGGCCGCUGCUGCCGAGCGGCGGCGGUGAGUUCAUUUACGGCGGCGGGCGGCGGUUCGCGCGGAAUCUUGGGGUCGGCCAGUGGCGCGACGACGAGAUCGAGGAGGACGUGGCGCGGUAUUUGCGGGCGAAUCUGGCGCCGCCUUUGGAUCUGGCUUCUUCUUCUUCUCCUUCGCUUGUAGGAGGAACCAAGGAGGAGGAGGAGGGGGUCGAAGGGAAGCACGAGCUAAAGGCUUCGUUCCAGUGGACCGGCGUCAUGGGCUACAGCCGGGAUGCCCACGCGUGGGUUGGCCCCGUGCCAGAGACCCUGGGCGGUGGCGGGCCCCGUGGCGGAUUGUAUGUUUGUGCAGGAUAUACAGGUCACGGGAUGCCUGCGGCGGCUCUCUCGGCGAGGGAGGUGGCUAGGUUGAUGGUCGAGUCUGCUACUAUGGCUGAGGGAUGUGGUGUUGACGAGGAGGAGGAGGAGGAGGAGGGAAAAAAGGGCGGGGUGAGGUUGCCGGAGGAGUUUAAGCUGACCGAGCAGCGCGUGGCUAGGGCGAAGGCGCUCCCUGAGCUGACUCAGGGGUGGGAGGCUACGAACUUUGCUGCGUUGAUCUCGGGAGUGGUGCCUUGA